GCUCCAGGAAGCUGAAAAGUUAUUGAAGGAGCAGAGUGUAAACAAGGAUUCAAAAAAUAUUAAUGAUCUGACAUGCAGAAAUGUCACAGGUGCAUUUCUGCCACCUAGACUAAAAGGAGUUUGUAUGGCCAAGUCAAGAGAAGCUUCAGAUCAACAGAUGAAAUUAAGUUAUGAAGAACACUUGCCUGUGGGAUUUCCUGCAAAGAAGUCCUGUUGCUUUUUACUAUGGAUUUCUGCAGUGUACUGUGCUUUCUCAAGGAAUUGUCAAAACUUAUGUACAAGUAACCUGGAAGGAGAACUUGGAAUUACUAACCUUUGCAAUGUUAGUGACAUCACUGGAGCGUGUACGCAGGGAUGUCAGUUUUGGAAUGCAACCAUGCAAAUUGACUGUCCACUGAAAUGUAACGAGACAUACACUAGAGCAUGUGAGACGGUUUCCUGUAAGUUUGGCUGUAGCUGUGCAGAGGAUGCAUAUGGAGUUGAAGCGCUAAACAACUUGAAUAAACCUAGUGCACCAUUUGCAUCUGUCAUUGGAAACCACAGUAUCACAUUAGGGUGGAAGGCAGCCAACAUCUCUGGGGUGAAAUACAUUAUCCAGUGGAAGUUCAACAAGCUCCCUGGUGAUUGGAGGUACACAGAGGUAGUAUCUGAAACGUCAUAUACCGUCAAAGACCUUCAGGCCUUCACAGAAUACGUGUUUCAAGUAGUUUGGAUCAUUACAUCUCAGCUGCAGCUCCAUUCUCCACCUAGUCCCACCUACCGGACACAUGCUUUUGGAGUUCCUGCAACAGCUCCUGUCAUUAAAGACAUUCAGAGUUCAAGUCCAAACACUGUUGAAGUUACUUGGUCUCCACCACUUUUUCCCAAUGGAUUGAUUAUUGGAUAUAACUUGCUCCUGACCAGUGACAAUCAUGAAUUGUUAAGAGCCUCAAGAGGGCACAGCUUUCAGUUCUACUCCACCUUCCCAAACACCACUUACAGGUUCAGUAUUGUGGCAGUUAAUGAGGUUGGUGCUGGACCCCCUGCCGAAGCCAACAUCACCACCCUGGCAUCCAAAGUUAAGGGAAAAGCAGCAUGGCUCUUCCUCUCCAGAAAAGAGUCUUUAAGGAAGAGAUACACAGAACAUUUCCUCGAAGCUGCUCAGUGCCUACCAAAUGGUAUUAAACACCACAACAUCACAGGAAUUUCUUUGAAUAUUUAUCAGCAAGUUGUCUAUUUUUCUGAAGGGAAUUCUAUCUGGGUGAAAGGAGUUGCAAAUAUGUCUGAUGUAUCUGACCUAAUGCUCUUUUAUGCUGGCUGGGGGAACAUUGUGUCCAUCUCAGUAGAUUGGCUUUACCAGAGGAUAUACUUUGUCAUGAAUGAAAAGAUACAUUUCUGCCAUUUAGAGAACUGCACGGUAGCUGAAGACAUCACUCCCCUUUACGUGACAUCCCCUAGCAAGAUUAUAGCUGAUCCUUAUAAUGGUUACAUUUUCUGUCUCCUGGAGGAUGGCAUAUACAGAGCAAACCUUCCACUCUUUCCUGGCACUGCCUCUGCAGCUUCACCCGUGGUGAGAUCCAGUGCUCUGAGGGCCUUCACGAUCAACUUCCAAUCUAAGAGACUCAUUUUCUUCAACAAAACAGAACAGGCCUUUGUGUCAGGUUUUCUUGAUGGUUCAGAGUUUCACACGCUGCGAUCACACGUGCCAUUUAAUGACAUGGAGAGCUUCGUUUAUGAGGAUAACACAUUUACAGUCACAGAUGGCUCGGCAGUUUUCCACGAGGAGGUCUCUCCAGCAGGAAGUUCUAGCUUCAAUGAGUUCAUUGUGGACUGUAACUUGGUGUACCCAGAGUACUUUGGCUUUGGCAACUUGGUUUUCUAUGGGCCGUCAACUCAGCCUUUUCCUUUACCAACUGCUCCUCAUCUUGUCACGGCUCUAUUUGGAUCAGAUCGAGCCGUGAUCAGCUGGAGACCACCUGAGCACACCAUUGGAACCAGUUUAUCUGCUUGGCAGAACUGGACCUACGAUGUCAAAGUGUCACCUCAGCACCCAUUUGAGGAGGAAUGGGUUGUCUCAAAUAUUAGUAACAUGAGGCUUACAGUGAAGGGGCUGGCCAGCUUCACAGCAUAUGAAGUGUCAGUCAGAGCUGUGUCUCCUGCUGGUGCAGGGCCAUGGUCAAAGUCAUUCAGAGGUACAACUUUAGAAGAAGCUGAAGAAGAACCAUAUAUGUUGGCUGUGGGGCCUGAAGGGCUCUGGAAGCAGAGGCUGGAUAGCUACAAGCCAGGAGAACUCCUUUAUUCUGAUAUAAGAAACGUUUCAGACCUCGACUGGUAUAAUAACACUCUUUAUUGGAUUAAUUCCAUGGGGGAAGUUCAGACCUGGACACUGAACAAAAGAAAGGGUACCAUUGAGAACACUCAUGUACCUGACGUCAGAAAUGCAAGGAUGUUGGCCUUGGAUUGGUUGGGUCAAUGCUUGUAUUGGGCUGGCAAAGCAAAUAUGAUCUACAGGAAAUCACUGUGGGGAGGCCAUAUAGAUGCUGUAGCUCAUGUUGUGUUCCCAGUAAAGGAUCUAGUUGUGGAUUCAGUAAAUGGCUAUUUGUACUGGGCCACAAUGUAUUCAGUGGAGAUCACAAGAUUGAAUGGAGAGGAGUAUCGCACCUUACAAGAGCAACUACAUUUUUCUGGUAAACAGGUGGUUGGUGUAACUUUGGAUCUCACCUAUGGUUUUCUUUACUGGCUUGUGCAAGAUAGUCUAUAUUUAAACCUAUACAGAGCGUCUCUCUGCAAAGAAGGUUGUGGUGAUGCCGUUGUCACGGAAUUUGCAGCAUGGAGUAGUUCCGAAAUAUCUCAGGGUGCACUGGAAUACUACAGUGGUCGUCUGUUCUGGAUUAACAGGCUUCAAUUCAUUACAGUCCAGGAAGUCAAUCAGAGCCUUAGCAUUCCCUUCUCACAACCAGCACAAUUUACAGCCUUUACCCUUGUUCAAGCAUCACUGAAACCUUUGCCAGGAAAUUUUUCUUCUGCGCCAAAAGUGAUUCCAGAUUCAGUGCCAGAGUCUUCUUUCAGAAUUACAGGAAAUUCCUCAAGUUUCCACAUCACUUGGAGUCCCUCCACAAAGGUGGAAUGGGGAACUGUCUUUUACUGCGUGGGAUCAAAAGCUCUACAAUCUCUGGAGAAUGAAGGAUGCCUUCACCCCCAUAAUCUGACAGUGCCAUCCUACCGAGUGGAUUGGCUGGAACCAUUUGAACUCUUUGAUUUUACUGUCACUCCAUACACAUACUGGGGCAAGGCACCAAUGACAUCUGUAUCCCUUCGAGCCCCUGAAGGAGUUCCUUCAGCCCCUAGGAACCCUAGAAUAUAUGUGUUACAAAAUAACCUACAUGAAAAUGAUGGGAAAGUCCUUGUGGAGUUCAGGUGGGACAGACCUGAAAGGGACAAUGGAAUAUUAAUGCAGUUCAGGGUUUACUAUCAGCUAUUGAAUCAGAGCAGCACUGCUGGCACUUUCAUGGAGUGGAUUGAAAGCAAUGUUAAGCCCACAAAGAUGCAGUUUUCUCUCAGGGAUGUGCUUCCCAGCCUCACAGUAAGGUUUCAGGUGCAGGCCUUCACCUCUGUAGGUCCAGGACCUUUGUCUGAUAUGGCAGAGAGGAAUUCAUCAGAUCUUUUCCCUGUCCCAACUCUAGUAAUUAUUUCUGCCAAUAAGAUGUUACUUACCGACGUAGACAGUGGUCAUACCGUAUGGGAAAUUUCAACAAAAAAUAACGUAAGGGACAUCUGUUAUACUGCUGAUGAUGGCAAAGCAUACCAUAUCGCUGAAGAUUCUAUUUUUAUUCUGAAUAUACAGAAUGCUUCCAUGUUUCAGUAUUUGCAAGAUGCAUAUCUUCACAAUGUCACAGCCAUCACAGUUGACUGGAUUGCAAGACAUCUCUUUGUUGCCCUGAAAACACCACAGAACAAAACUCAAAUAUUUGUUAUUGAUCUUGAGCUCAAGAAAAUAUUUCUAAAAGCCUUGAACAUGCAGCUGGGCAAAAGUAAUUCAACUGUAUCAUCUCUGUUGUCAUAUCCUUUCUUAAGCCGCUUGUACUGGGUGGAAGAGCUUGGUCAUGGCAGCCAUAUGUUUUAUUAUGAUGUUCUGAACAACACUGUGCACCACAUCUUGGGACAUGGAUGGGCAGAAAAACAGAUGAGGAGCUACUGCACCUGCAAUGUCACAGAAGCGGAGCUAGGAAGAACUAUGAGUAUAGAUUUGUCUGACUCCAAAAAUCCCCAGCUGCUUUUUAUCAGAGGAGGAGAUGAAAUAUGGGCCUCAGAUGUGGACGGUUGCCGCUGCUGGAGAAUUAUCAAAAUUCAAGGUAAUAACAUUGGCAGCUUGACUGCAGAUAAGAAAUUUAUUUACUGGACUACUGAAACAAAGGAAUACACUGAAAUUUGGCUAGCAAAUAAAGAAAGCAGAAGACAAUUUCUUCACAAGAGAGCAAACCAUGCGCUGAAAAUCUUAGCCUACAACUCAGCAGCACAAUCAUAUCCAGAUAAAAGAUGCCUGAUUCUUUUGCCGGACACUGAGAAACCUACGAUCCUUGCUACGACUAACACCAGUUUUACAUUGAGCUUGCCAUCUGUUACACCACAGCAGCUAUGCCCCGGCAUAUCCCAGCCUACGCCAACGUACCUGGUAUUUUCCAGACAAAUGACCAACAUCUGCAGGAGCUCAGGACACUGUUUGUCUGCUCCACAGCAAAAAACAUUGGAAUAUCAGGGUCCUAUUGCUGUCUUAGAGAACCUACAGCCAUUUUCAAGUUAUGCCAUACAAGUUGCAGUGAAAAACUACUAUUCAGAUGAGGAGGUGUUGCCUGUGGGAGAAGGCACAGUUGGCACAACUCUAUAUGGAGUACCAGAGGCAGUUGACACUAUUAAAGCAUUAGUUUUGUCUGACACCACCACCAACAUAUCUUGGAGUGAGCCUCUGAAGCCAAAUGGACCUCUUGAAUCCAUCCGCUAUCAAAUCUCUGUCAAUUUAUUGCCUCCUGUCCCAGCGAAACCUUUGCGAAAAAGUGAAUUUUCAAAUGGGAUGCUUGCCUGGUCUGUCAGUGGGCUCCAGCCUGGAACAAAUAAUUCAUUCAAGGUUCUUGCUUUUCAUCCUGAUGAGAACUGGUUUUCUGCAAGUGUCCCUGUCAUUACAAAAACUUUUGAGAGUCCAGCUGCACCUAUCAACAUAGUCCCCAGAAAUACCAGUUUCCAGCUAGAAUGGAGAGCUCCUCUGCACAUCAAUGAAACCAGCUUCUGGUUUGAGUUGCGUAAGUGGCCAACAAAAAGUGACUGGUUUUCUCCUGCAAACACUACGUGCACAGGAAAUCUUGUUUACAUGUGCAACCUCACAGGAACUCUUCCUUGGACCAACUACUUUGUAAGAGUAACAGUAGUUUAUGUUACAGGAGUGAAAAGCACUUCCUCUUCAGCAAGCUUUAAAACUACAGCUGGUGUUCCCAGUAAGCCAGGAGUUCCUAAAAGAGCAGAAGGCUCCAAAAACUCUCUACAGUGGGAAAAGGCUGAUGACAAUGGAAGCAAAGUGACCUACUACAUCUUAGAAAGCAGGAAACAGUCUGGCAACAGCAGUGAUAUGAAGUCCAAGUGGGAGGUGGUUUUCAAUAGCUCCUGUGGCAGUAUUUGCACAUGGAAGGCCAAGAACUUAGAAGGAACUUUCCAGUUCAGAGCAGCAGCUGCAAAUGUGCUGGGACUUGGUGAAUACAGUGACAUUAGCGUGGAUAUAAUUUUGAGUAAAGAUAAUGUGAUCUCCGUGGGCAUCAUCAUUGCCAUUGCUUCUGUGAUUGGAGUAGUUGUGCUGUGUUUGGCUGUGGUCAUGCUAUUUGUUUUUGUAUGGAAGCAAAGACUGAAAUCCAGAAAGCGGGCCUUGCCUGGACAGAUAGUGUUCAUCAAGGAAGAUAAAGAACUAGCUCAGCUGAGGGGAAUGGCUGAGACAGUGGGAAUAGCCAAUGCCUGUUAUGCUGUACGCACUCUUCCUUCUCAAGCAGAGAUUGAAUCACUGCCAGCUUUCCCUCGGGACAAACUCAACCUACACAAAUUGUUAGGAAGUGGAGCAUUUGGAGAAGUAUAUGAAGGGACUGCAGUAGAUAUCCUGGCAGAUGGAAGUGGAGAAUCCAAAGUAGCAGUCAAGACUUUGAAGAAGGGUGCAACAGACCAUGAGAAGAGUGAAUUCUUGAAGGAGGCACACUUAAUGAGCAAAUUUGAUCAUCCCCACAUCCUGAAGUUACUUGGUGUGUGUCUGUUAAAUGAACCUCAGUAUCUUAUACUGGAGCUGAUGGAAGGAGGGGAUCUACUCAGCUAUUUACGAGGAGCCAGAAAGAAAAAGCUCCAGAGCCCUUUACUGAGAGUCACUGACCUCUUGGAUAUAUGUUUGGAUGUCUGCAAAGGCUGUGUCUAUUUAGAGAAGAUGCACUUUAUACACAGGGACUUGGCUGCUCGCAACUGCCUGGUGUCUGAGAAGGAAUAUGGGCGUUCAUCCCGGAUAGUAAAGAUCGGCGAUUUUGGACUUGCCAGAGAUGUCUAUAAAAAUGAUUAUUACAGGAAAAGAGGAGAAGGUCUGCUCCCUGUCAGAUGGAUGGCUCCUGAAAGCCUUAUUGAUGGUGUCUUUACAAGUCGCUCUGAUGUCUGGGCUUUUGGAGUACUAGUGUGGGAAACAUUGACUUUGGGUCAACAACCAUAUCCAGGUUUCUCUAAUACAGAAGUUUUACACCAUGUACGAUCAGGAGGAAGGCUGGAAUCUCCCAGCAAUUGUCCUGAUGACCUAUGUGAUUUAAUGACAAGAUGCUGGUCCCAAGAACCUCACAACAGACCUACCUUCUCUCAUAUUCAUGACAAACUGCAAGAGAUAAGACACUCUCCACUGUCCUUCAUACACUGCCUUGAAGACAAAGAGGCAUCAACUGGAGUCAUCAAUGAAGCUUUUGAAGAUAAUGAUAUCCCAUGUGCAGAUUCAGACAGUGUUCUUUCAGCCACACUAAUGGAAACCAGGAAUCAAGAGGGCUUAAAUUACCUAGUACUAGUCAAAGAAGGCAACCCAGAUGAAGAAAGCAUCAAUUCUGCUGAAAUUAGUUAAAUCUGGCAACUGCUGUUCAAGAACGUGAAAGAAGAGAAAAAACUCUUCAAAGAAGACAUAAGCCAAGGAAAAUAUUCUGCAUGUCAUCAUAUUUACAGAAGUGUCUGAAAAAAAAACCCAAACAAUUCUUUAAUAAAACUACUGGAAAACAUAACAAGGUCCAGAAUGGUGUGUAUCAGGAUAAGACAGCGAUUACAUAGCCUUUGGUUUUCUACAUUUUAUGGUUCAGGUGCUUCACAGGAGAUAGUAAAGCAGAAAAACAUGUAUCAGACAGCAAGGGAUUUUACUUGUUGUAUAGAUUAAGUUUCUGCAAUCACAUAUGCCUCAGGCACAAGGCAGCCCUUCCAAAAGAGAGUACCAGUAUGCUGCUUCAAAGAGCAGACCAGCUCACUCAUGAACAAAACCAAACUGUUGAAGUCUAGCUUCACUGUACACAAACAGGAUUUUACAAAUUGAAAAAACAGCAAAUACCAAACUUCAGAUCCCAAAGCAGCUGAAGAAGGGUGACCAGCUUGUCCUCUGCUGCAGGUGGUCUGUUUACCUACUUAAUUUAAACAAAAGUUUGCAAUCAUCUUGCAUAUUAAGUUGCACAGAAAUUGAUCUGUGAGUCUGCACAAUCCUCUUUUCUCACAUUUCUUCUCCUUUCCUUUCUGAAUGUUUAUCAUCCUCAUUUAUUUUUUAUGAGACUGGGUGAAGGGAUGUAUUCUUCCUUGGUGUGUUUGGAGAUCAACUCAAAGUGCAUGAUAAAAUUUUAUACAAAGAAUUAUUGAAUAAAAGACAGCAAUAGGCUUUUUCUAACCUUC